CUCAAUUCUGCAAGUGACUACUGCGGCAACAUGUUUGAAGAGCUGGGUUUGAUCGGGACCAUAGGCGAGGAUGAUGAUGUGCCGCUGGAGCCAGAGUCUGACUCCGGGGACGAGGAGGAGGAGGGGCCCAUUGUGCUGGGCAGAAAGCAGAAAGCCUUGCAGAAGAACCGAAGUGCCGAUUUCAACCCCGACUUUGUCUUUACAGAGAAGGAGGGGUUGUAUGAUAGCAGCUGGGCGAUGGCUGACGUCCUGAGCCAGCUCAAGAAGAAGAGAGCAGCUACUACAUUGGAUGAGAAGAUUGAGAAAGUUCGAAAGAAAAGGAAGAUGGAGACAAAAGAGGCCAAAUCAGGGACGCUGGAGAAGGAGAAAGAAGCAGAGGCUGGAAACUCAGAGAAGGAGCGAGACGUAGCGGGGAGCUCUGACGGCGAGGAGCCGGAAGCCCUUGACGGGAAAGACAAGGAGGGCUCAGAGGACGAAGACUCGGAGACGGACUAUUCCUCCGCCGAAGAGAACAUCCUCACCAAAGCAGAUACCCUCAAAGUAAAGGAGAAGAAAAAGAAGAAGAAAGGGCAGGAAGCAGGAGGAUUUUUCGAAGAUGCAUCUCAGUACGAUGAGAGCCUCUCGUUCCAGGACAUGAACCUUUCCCGGCCUCUGCUGAAGGCCAUCACAACCAUGGGCUUCAAGCAGCCCACCCCUAUCCAGAAGGCAUGUAUACCUGUGGGUCUGCUGGGGAAGGACAUCUGUGCUUGUGCAGCCACCGGGACAGGUAAAACCGCUGCUUUCGCCCUGCCUGUCCUGGAGCGUCUGAUCUACAAGCCCCGCCAGGCGGCGGUCACCCGCGUGCUCGUGCUGGUGCCCACUCGAGAGCUGGGCAUCCAGGUGCACUCCGUCACCAAGCAGUUGGCCCAGUUCUGCAACAUCACCACCUGCCUCGCUGUGGGUGGCCUGGAUGUGAAGUCUCAGGAAGCAGCUCUCCGGGCCGCGCCCGACAUCCUCAUCGCCACCCCGGGUCGGCUCAUCGACCACCUCCACAACUGCCCUUCCUUCCACCUGAGCAGCAUCGAGGUGCUCAUCCUGGAUGAGGCCGACAGGAUGCUGGACGAGUACUUUGAGGAGCAGAUGAAGGAGAUCAUCCGCAUGUGUUCCCACCACCGCCAGACCAUGCUUUUCUCGGCCACGAUGACAGACGAGGUCAAAGAUCUGGCUUCUGUCUCCUUGAAGAACCCUGUCCGCAUAUUUGUGAACAGCAACACCGACGUGGCUCCUUUCCUGCGGCAGGAAUUCAUCCGCAUCCGUCCCAACCGGGAAGGGGACCGAGAGGCCAUCGUGGCAGCUCUGUUGACGAGAACCUUCACCGACCACGUGAUGCUGUUCACACAGACCAAGAAGCAGGCGCACCGCAUGCACAUCCUGCUGGGACUCCUGGGCCUGCAGGUGGGCGAGCUCCAUGGCAACCUGUCCCAGACCCAGCGGCUGGAAGCCCUGAGGCGCUUUAAGGAUGAACAGAUUGACAUUCUGGUGGCCACAGAUGUGGCAGCCCGUGGACUUGACAUCGAGGGUGUCAAAACGGUCAUCAACUUCACCAUGCCCAACACCAUCAAGCACUAUGUCCACCGGGUGGGGCGGACGGCACGUGCUGGCCGGGCUGGGCGUUCUGUGUCUCUGGUGGGAGAAGAGGAGCGGAAGAUGCUGAAAGAGAUUGUGAAGUCGGCCAAGGCCCCCGUGAAGGCCCGCAUACUGCCUCAAGACGUCAUCCUCAAGUUCCGAGACAAGAUUGAGAAGAUGGAGAAGGACGUGUAUGCCGUCCUGCAGCUGGAGGCUGAGGAGAAGGAGAUGCAGCACUCGGAGGCCCAGAUCAACACAGCAAAGCGGCUUCUGGAGAAAGGGAAGGAGGCUUCGAGCCAAGAGCCCGAGAGGAGCUGGUUCCAGACCAAAGAGGAGAGGAAGAAGGAGAAAAUUGCCAAGGCUCUGCAGGAGUUUGACUUAGCCUUAAGAGGAAAGAAGAAAAGGAAGAAGUUUAUGAACGAUGCCAAGAAGAAGGGGGAGAUGACGGCAGAAGAGAGGUCCCAGUUUGAAAUCCUCAAGGCACAGAUGUUCGCUGAGCGCCUGGCCAAGAGGAACCGCAGGGCCAAGCGGGCCCGCGCGAUGCCCGAGGAGGAGCCGGCCAGAGGCCCUGCCAAGAAGCAGAAGCAGGUGAAGAAAUCUGUAUUUGACGAAGAGCUGACGAACACUAGCAAGAAGGCCCUGAAGCAGUAUCGGGCUGGCCCAUCCUUUGAAGAAAAGAAAAAGCUGGGCUUGCAGCACCAGAGGCGAGGAGGAAACUUUAAAUCUAAAUCCAGGUAUAAGCGAAGGAAGUAG